AUGAAUUAUGCUCCGCUGGGACGGGUGGAACAUGUGGGUAGCGAUCACCACUCAAAGAAUAGAAUCAGGAAGUCGAGAAAAAACAGCGAUUCUACCGUUAGGUACGGCGAACACAACUUGUUCGAGCUGAGUAACUUGUUUGAUUUUGGACAUUGCGUUAGUUCAUCGUGUGCUAAGGCUACAUCACAUAAGCCUGAUUGUUCAAGGUGUGGCUUUAAGUGUGACUGGGAAAAUGAAGGUUGUAACAAUGAAGAAUGUGCGACCGAAAAAAGAAGAUCUCUGGCGGAGAUUGAAAAGAGAGGGGAUAGUUCUAAUCUAGAAGUUCUAUGUGUUGAUAAUAAUAAAGCGGGUGAGAUUGAAAGGUGGACAGAUGAGAUUGAGAAUGAAUUUACUUUCAACAUGAUGCCUGAGACACCUAGCGUAUCGAAGCGCACGUCUAGGUUGUUGCUUCUCCAUGAUUUAAUAUUUGGAGAUUUUUAUGACGAUUGA